UGCAUGUGGCGUCUGUCCAGUCACGUGUCUGUAGGUGGGUCUAAAAUGGAGGCUGUUGACGGAAACCGCUCUGAUGCGGCUAGGUUGGCAUGGUAAUUACCGGCUAUCACAUGGCUACCGGCUACCGGCGAAAAUAACGGAGGAAAUCGGGACGCACUCUCAGUCCUGCUACUGCUUCGUUCCACAUUACAAUCGCAGGAUAAGUAACUGGAAUGUACUGAAACAGGAAGGUAAACCCUCAAAACAAACAUUGUUGACCUUAAAUGUGCUAUCCAUGAUUCAUGCUCGUCGUGUGUCUAAGGAGAGACCAAAAGAUGGGAUCUUGAUUAAUGCCUGCUGUCCAGGGUGGGUACGCACGGAGAUCGCUGCGCCAGGUGCCCCAAAGUCACCAGACGAGGGCGCCAUAACACCGGUCUACCUGGCCCUGCUUGCCCCCGGAGCCACCGAGCCUCAUGGAAAGGCGAAGAACCUGCAGUCCCCAUUUAAAGACAUGUCGACCAGGGUUGCUGUGGUAACAGGUAGCAACAAGGGCAUCGGUCUGGCCAUCGUCCGAGCGCUCUGCAAGCAGUUUGAAGGAGACGUUUACCUCACUGCCAGAGAUGUUGGACGUGGUGAGGACGCAGUGAAGGCUCUGUCCUCUGAGGGGCUGAAGGCCAUGUUUCACCAGCUGGACAUCAACGACUUGAACAGCAUUAAAACUGCUGCUGCUUAUUUUAAAGGGAAGUACGGCGGAGUGGACAUUCUCAUCAAUAAUGCUGGGAUAGCAUUCAAAGUGGCAGACACAGCUCCAUUUGCUGUCCAGGCCGAGGUGACCCUCAAGACAAACUUCUUUGCCACCAGAGACAUGUUGACUCACUUCCUGCCGAUCGUUAAAGCUGGAGGUCGUGUGGUGAACGUUUCCAGCUUUGUCAGUGCACUUGCGUUGAAGAAGUGCAGCUCGGAGCUCCAGCAGCGUUUCCGCAGCGAGGACCUCACAGAGGAGGAGCUGGUGGCACUGAUGGAGCGAUUUGUCAGCGAAGCCAAGAAAGGCGAACACAAAGAAGGCGGCUGGCCCGAUUCGGCGUAUGGAACAUCUAAAGUCGGGGUGACGGCCCUGUCCAUGGUUCUUGCUCGUCAAGUGUCCAAGCAGAGACCAAAUGAUGGGAUCUUGUUGAACGCCUGCUGUCCAGGAUGGGUGCGCACCGACAUGGCUGGUGAUAAAGCCCCGAAGUCACCAGAGGAGGGUGCUAUCACUCCAGUGUACCUGGCCCUGCUGCCGCCCGGAGCCACAGAGCCUCACGGAAAAUUUGUGUCUGACAAGCAAGUUCAGCCGUGGUGAUGGGUGUGUGAUUGUCAGCGAUUCCACCCAAACGACAUGUCAAAGAUCCAUAUUUAGAAUAGAUGAACCUGAAUAACCCAGACACAUUAGUACAGCAACCUGAAGGUGCCUGUUUUUCAAAACAAUGCGUUUUUAACAUUUUGUGUGCACGUGUGUAUCUGCUGGAUUAUAGCAUAUACAGUAAUUAAACUUGUGUUUGUGUAAGUCCUGGCCAAUGUUUUUGAUACAUCACUUUGCCUGUGGCACUAUGAAUGUUUGAUCAUUUUUUACAUGGAGGAAAGUAAAUGUGCUUUAUGUGUUUGAAAUAUGAAUCUCCUGAAGAACAAAUAAACAGUUUUCUGCA